UUCUGCAACAGCCUCCCUCCUCUGACUCCUGCACUGUGACAUUCCCGAACAUUUCCAUGCAGUACCUAGGGAAAAGUCAGAAGGCGGAAGUGGUAUGAAUGAUCUGAAGCUUUCACUCUAUACAAAAUCUGUCCACUAUGAAAAUUCUUCUCAAAGUCAAAGGUUUUGCCACCCUAUAUACCUCAAGAGUAUGUUCCAGAUUCAUCAGCCAGCACCACAGGUGUUUCACCCCGCAGAAUUAUUCAGAUUAUGAGAGCAUUAUACAAGAUUACAAACCUGAAGUGCCAGAAUAUUUCAAUUUUGCAAGUGACAUCUUAGACAAGUGGUCUGCUGCUGAGAAGGAUGGCAGCAGAAGUUCCAACCCUGCCCUCUGGUGGAUAGAUGGUCAAGGGAAAGAGAUCAAAUGGGGCUUUGAUGAGCUUGGGUUCCACUCUAGGAAAGUGGCCAACAUACUUUCUGAUGCUUGCGACUUGAAACCAGGAGACAGAGUUAUCGUGCUCUUGCCCCGGUUGCCAGAAUGGUGGUUGGUCAACGUUGCUUGUAUAAGAGCAGGUUUGGUAUUAAUUCCUGGGACUACACAACUUACAGCAAAGGACAUUUUGCACAGGCUACUCGUAUCAGACGCAAAGUGCAUUAUUGCUAGUGAUGCCCAGCUGCCAAUGAUAGAUGCUGUUUCAGCACAAGCUCCAUUUCUAAAAACAAAAAUGUCCAUCUCUGGAAGAAGAGAAGGAUGGUUGAACUUCCAAGAGCUCUUCCAGGCAGCCAAUGACAAGAUCCCAUGUGUGAGAACAAAGAGUACAGAUCCAAUGAGCAUCUUUUUCACUAGUGGGACAACUGGUUCUCCAAAAAUGACUGAGCAUAGUCACUGCAGCUAUGGGCUUGGGCUGGCUGUAAAUGGCAGGUAUUGGCUGGAUUUGACCCCUUCAGAUGUGUUCUGGAAUACAUCAGAUACGGGCUGGGCAAAAUCAGCAUGGAGCAGUGUCUUCGCUCCCUGGAUUCAGGGCUCGUGUGUGUUUGUCCACGGCACGCCUCGCUUUGACCCAGUGGUCAUCUUGGAAACACUGACCAAAUACCCUGUUUCGGUAUUCUGCUCCGCGCCAACUGCCUAUCGUAUGCUGGUGCUGCACAACCUGACUAGCUACAAGUUCAAGAGCCUGGCACAUUGUGUGAGUGCCGGGGAGCCCCUAAACCCACAAGUAAUGGAGCAAUGGAAAACUAGCACUGGCCUAGAUAUUUAUGAAGGUUAUGGACAAACCGAAACAGUUUUGAUCUGUGGGACAUUUAAAGGGAUGAAGUGUAAGCCAGGAUCCAUGGGAAAGGCCUCUCCAGCCUAUGAUGUUCAGAUAACUGAUAAUGAUGGCAACAUCUUAGCCCCAGAUCAAGAAGGCGAUAUUUCAAUCCGGAUAUCACCCAUAAAACCAUUCUGUCUGUUCUCUCAAUACACGGGUGACCCAGAGAAAACAGCUUCAACACGAAGAGGAGACUUCUACCUGACAGGAGACAGGGGCAUGAAAGAUAAAGAUGGCUAUUUGUGGUUUGUUGGGAGGUCUGAUGACGUCAUCUUAUCUUCAGGAUACCGUAUUGGUCCGUUUGAAGUAGAGAGCGCUCUAAUAGAACACCCGGCAGUUGCAGAAUCUGCAGUGGUCAGCAGCCCAGACCCAGUUAGAGGAGAGGUUGUGAAAGCCUUUGUUGUCCUGUCUCCUGCAUACAAUGCACAUGACCUAGAGAAACUUACAGCAGAACUACAAGAACAUGUGAGAAAAGUAACAGCCGCCUACAAGUACCCAAGAAAGAUUGAAUUUGUUCAACAACUGCCAAAAACGGUCAGUGGGAAGAUUCGGAGGAAUGAGCUGAGAAACAAAGAAUGGGGAAAGGUGUAGAUGCCACAGCAUCACAGAACCAGUGCUACCUGACCAAUCAUAUGGUCGCUUCUUUUCCCAUAGACCUGCCACAUGACAUAAAGACCAAUCUUUUUGAAAGACCUUUAACCUGCACAAAGUGCGGGCUGAACCAGUUUUCAGUGGAUCAGAUUUGCUACGAACCACUGGCCUCACCAGGACCACUAUUCAUAAUACAGGGUCCCUGAGUGUACCGAUUUCCUGCAUUCACAUGAAUAUUGAUUCCACCCACAAAACAGUAGCAUGCAGUCUGCGUAAGUCUUGGGUGCAACUGACAUCAGUCAUUCCAUGAAACAAAGUAUAAAAAAUAUAUUUUUAUUUGUAUACACGUGAUAG